AUGUCCAGCAUGCCGCGGCAUUUGUUUUCUUCUGCGCUGCUGUUUCUCCCCCUUUGCAUGCUGUCGAUGUGCUUCUGCAGUGCGGUUGUGGUCACUGCAAAGAGUAAUUCAAAUGUGGCUAUUAAUCCAUUUGACAGUACGACGAAUGUAUCUGGUGCGAAAUGGAAAGAAAUUGGAGAAGCUGGUGCAUCAGUCACUUCACUCCGUCUGCGCAGCCUUGUGAGGGUUGGGGAGCAUGUGUUUGCUGUUGCUGAAGCUCAGUGCAAGAAGAAAGAAGGCAGCGAAGAAGCCUCCAGCUUUGCUGGUAUUGCAUCGGUGCUCCUCCAUCAAAUUUCUGAUUCCGCAAAGGAGAUCCCGACGACAGACGCAAGUCUAUUUUGUAUGCAGCUUGAAGAGACAAAUGAUGUGGCUGGCAGCAAUGCACCGGAGAUAGUGCAGCCAACCACAAUUGUACGUGGCGGCGAUGUCUACAUGCUGCUGGGAAAAUACAGCCGCGCAAGAUCUGAAUCUGAAGUUUCCGGUAAAAAUGGCUGGAAGCUUUUGCUGGUGAAGGGAGCAGUCAGUGGAACCAAUGAUGAGGAAAAAAGAAUUCAAUGGGGUGAGACCCAUGCAGUGCAGAUUGAAUCUGAAACUCAUGGAUCUUUGACUCGGUUGGUUGGCAGCGGAGGGUCGGGUCUUGUGCUGAGUGACGGUACGCUUGUGUUUCCCAUGCAGGCUACAAACAAUGAAGGGAAAAAUGUUUUGUUGUCUAUGCGUUUCACCCCGUCAGAGAAGAAAUGGGAGCUUUCACAGGACACGGCCGGUGAGGACUGCAAAGAUCCAUCAAUUGUGGAGUGGGGUGAAGACCAGAAACUCCUCAUGAUGGCUCCCUGUGAGCGAGGCUCCUACGACGUGUACGAGUCCACUAGGGCUGGUACAAGUUGGUACGCGAACGGUGCGCCAAUUUCCCGCGUGUGGGGCAACUCACGUGAUAGAAAACGGGACGGCGUCCGGAGCAGCUUCACCACUGCAGAGGUUGAAGAAACGGAGGUGAUGCUGCUCACCACGCCGGUGUAUUCUGAGGAGAAGGGAGAGGGUCGGCUGCAUCUUUGGAUGACAGACAAUGCCCGUGUGCAUGACGUUGGGCCGGUUUCUCGUGAAGGUGAUGAUGCUGCCGCCAGCUCCCUGCUGUACGGAGCCGAUAAGAAGGAGUUGAUUCUACAGUACGAGAAGAAGAACGGAGAUUCAUACAGUCUUGUCGCUGUGAACCUGACUGGGACGCUGAAGCAGAUAAAGAGCGUGGUGAAGGCUUGGAAAGAAAAGGACAAUGCCCUGCUCGCAUGCAAAACCGCUGGCAGCCCCAACCCUCGAACAGUAAAGGGGGUAUGUAACGGUUCUAUUCCCAUCAAAGGGCUGGUUGGGUUUUUGUCUGGGAAGUCAGCUGACAGCAAAACAUGGGAAGACGAGUACCUCGGCGUGAACGCAACUGCAACGAAUGGAAAACUGGCAAACGACGGGUGGGGUGCGACGUUCGAAGACGCAGGAGCGGGGGCGGAGUGGCCGGUGGGCAAACUGGGUCAGAACCAGCCGUACUACUUUGCGAACAACAAGUUCACUCUUGUGGCGGCGGUGAUGAUCCAUGAGGUUCCAGAGGAAGCCAACGCUCUUCUACUGAGCGCAGAUCUGGAGGACAAUGAAAGCACGACGUUUGUGGGGCUAUCGUACACGACGAAGAAACUGUGGGGGACAGUCUUCAACGGCAUCACGACAAUACACAACAGCACUUGGGAGCCGGGGAGGGAGUACAAAGUGGCGAUCAUGCUGCAGGACAACAAGGGCUUCGUGUACGUGGACGGCGUGCUCGUGGGGAGUUCCGACACACUACCAACCCGUGAGGCACGGAGGCAUGAUAUCUCUCAUUUUUACUUUGGCGACAGCGAAGACAGCAGUGCGACAGUAAAGAAUGCCUUUUUGUACAACCGCCCACUGAGUGAGCAGGAACUCAAAACGGUUGACGACUCCAAUGCCUCUGAGCAAAGUACAAGUGACAGCUCCACGCGUGCGGAUGGGUUCCGGGUGCUAAUUCUGCUAUUGGGGCUAUGGGGUCUUGCGGUUCUGUGCUGA